UACCCGGAAGUAGGGACAACUCGAAUGAGGGGAAAGUUUAAGGAGGAUUUUGAUUAGUAAUACAGUAUAUAUUUAAAAAAAACACGUAAAUAAUGUUUCUGGGACGUUGUAACAACGUGGUUCUUUUGGACAAUUUUCAGGGCAUGAGUAAACAUAUUUCUUCGUUGUUUGACUUUGACAGAAGAGCAAGCAGAAGACACAUGGCACGUUUACUCAGAGUUGUUACUCUCGGAGCAAACCGCUGGCGAGUGUACUCUGCCUUUCACAAAAUAUUUGCGUUAAGGCAUGAAAAGGGGAACUCGCUGCACAUGGUUGCUUUUCAACGGCCGUUUAAUAAAUGUGGGACCGACACCGGCUCGGUUUGGAAAGGUGCGCGGUGGCCGCUGGUGAAAGAGUUGAGCACCUCAGUUAAAGUGAUGCAGUAUGACUUGACUAAAUCAGACCUUGCAAAAUCUGGCUACCGAAAGCUUCUCUUUGAUACGCAUGCAAUGACCCAGCUCCUGGAAGAGAGUGGGUUCACAAUCCAGCAGGCUGAGGUUAUUGUUAAAAUACUGCUCAAUACAACCGACUCCAACAUGGACAUCAUGUAUGGUGAUAUGGUCACUAAGACUCAGCAAGAGAUCAUGCUACAGAAGAUUAUGUCUCACAUUGCAGCAGUAAAAAAAGACAUGAUCAUUUUGGAGAAAAGUGAAUUUUCUGCCUUAUUAGAAGAGAAUGACAGAAUUAAAGUAGAGCUUGCACAGGUGACAAUGCAGCUCUCUGAUUUGAUGAAUAAAGUAUCCUUGGACAACAAGCUAGAUAUGAACUUGGAAAAAAGCCAAGUGAAAGAGAUGAAAGCAGAGCAUGAAAAGAAGCUUUUGGAGGCCAGAAAUCACAUGUUAGAGAUGCUCGCUGAGCAGGACCGCCAUGUGACUCAGAGUAAAAUGAAAAUCGACACAGAAGUGGCUGGCCUGAAAACCAUGCUGGAAUCUCACAAACUGGACAGUAUCAAAUAUCUAGCAGGGUCAGUGUUCACAUGUCUCACAGUAGUACUUGGAUUCUUUCGAAUAUGGAUGUGAGUGCAGAGAAAUCUCCACAAAAGAAUACCAAAUCAUACCAUAUCCCUUAUGCAGACGACCAUGAAAUCCAUCCAUCCAUUAUCGACGCCGCUUAUCCAUCAGGGUCACGGCUGACCUGGAGCCAGCCCCAAGCUGACUUUGGGCGAGAGGCGGAGUGCGCCAGUUUAUCACGGGGCUAACGCAGAGACGAACAGCCACUUGCACUCACGUUCCAUUUACGGGCAAGUUAGAGGAGUCAGCUGACUGAAUCCUCAUGACUUUGGACUGUGGGAGGAAACUGAAACACAAAGCCUAAGGAGAACAUGCAAAGGCCCCAGUUUGCUGCAAGGUUUGAACUCAGAGCCUUCUUGCUGUGACACGACAGUAAUAACCGCUGCCUCACCAUGAAAUCCUGAAGAAGGAAUUCCUUAUAAACAUCGUGUCGGAGUAUUCCACUAACUGCUGCUUCUCAAAGUGAUAUAUACUUAGCCGAAUCUGUCAAGCUCUGUCACUUAUAAUGAAGAUGCUCACUCCUUCUACUCCAUGUGAAGAAAGUCUCUGCUGCUGAGAACAACUUUUUUGGAUAUAUAUAUGAAAGAGAGUGUGCACAGUUGUGUGAAGAUAUAAAGUUUAUCUUCGAGUGUUGAACAUAUUUCACGCGUGAGUGAAGUGAACAACUGCAAAGAUUAUUUUCAACACGAGAAGAUAAAUUUCAUAUCUUCGCACCACCGUGUUAAUUUUCUUUAUAUUAUAUGGACACAUCCACACAAAAAAAACGCAAGUUAAUCAAAAGAAUUUUAAUUUUGAACCUGUUUGCCAUUUUGACAACACGCGUCCAGUUAGCGGGAAUGACGACAUGGGAGUGAAAUAUCAGGAAUUAUGUCACUCAGAUCCGUGAUGGAUUUCAUAUGAAAAAUGCAAGUUUUUCAACACGAGAAGAUAAACUUCAUAUCUUCAAGCCAUCGUGAUUUUCUUUUUAUGAUACAGACACAUUCACGAACAAAAAGUACCCAAAUUUAUCAAAAUAAUUCAUCGAUUUCCUUGCAAGUGACAUAUAGAGAUUUAUGUCAUGGUUUUGGUUCUCCAUGUCCCGGAUGUAGCUCGUAUGAAAAAUACGAGUGGCGUAUUUCCCAGUAAAACACUCCCGUCCAUAUAAUAUACAGUAGGUCACUGCAGUUUGUGUCGGUUGUGUCGACACUUGUUACCUUAUUAUCUGGACUUCACUUCAUGUGAGGUAUUAAAUAUCCUGUUAUGGAAACGCAGCCUGUGGGCUGAUCUGUAAAUACUGUUAUUAAGUUUAAUUAUGAUAAUCAAGUGUUCUAGCUAAUUAUAUGAAGCUGUCACAGGGCAGUACUGAUCGUAUUUAAUUUGCAAGAGUUUUAAAAACAACUGGAUUGAUGAAAAGCGGUGACCAAAGACAAAAGCAUGUGUUUUUUAUAUGAUUUCCCUAAAGAUUAAUUAUCUGAAAGCCUUGCACUGCAAGUUGUGAGGAAAAAAAUUAAAAUUGUUAUUUUGACUUAAAAUCUCAUCUCAUUAUUUUAAUAGAGCAGGUUGUUAGUUUGACUCUAUUUCACAAUAGCAUUUAUUUAUCUUAAUAUGUGGUACUUUUGACUUUUUU